AUGCUGAAAGGAGAUGGAGCUGGAGCUGGAGCUGGAGCUGGAGCUGGAGCUGGAGCUGGAGCUGGAGCUGGAGCUGGAGCUGGAGCUGGAGCUGGAGCUGGAGCUGGAGCUGGAGCUGGAGCUGGAGCUGGAGCUGGAGCUGGAGCUGGAGCUGGAGCUGGAGUUGGAGCUGGAGCUGGAGCUGGAGCUGGAGCUGGAGCUGGAUUAGCUGAAAGGAGC